GAAAAUAAAAACAAGAAGCAAAACAGAGGAGACGGCCCACGUCGACGACUCCUCCCCCCAAAUCGCAUCGCAUCGCAUUCGCCGACGCGGCACGCACCGGCAGCGGCGUGCCGGCGACGGCGGUUUGAUUUGUCGUCCCUUCCCUUGCCAACUAGCCGGCCCCCGGACCCGGCAUCCCCCCCUUCCCAUCCCAUCCCGCCCCGCCCCGAUGAAGAUCACGGCGCUGCUGGUGCUCCGGUCCCCGGGGGACGCCUCCUCCUCCUCGUCCUCCUCGGCCGGAGGGGACGGCGCUGGGGAGCAGCAGCAGGCGGCGGUGCUGGCGAACGCGUCGGACGUGACCCGCUUCGGCUUCUUCCAGCGGCCGGCCGCGCGCGAGUUCAUCGUCUUCGUCGCCCGCACCGUCGCGCUCCGCACCCGCGCCGGCACCCGCCAGACCGUCCAGCACCAAGAGUACAAGGUGCAUUGCUACAACCAGGGCGGCCUCUGCGCCGUCGCCUUCACCGACGACCACUACCCCGUCCGGAGCGCCUUCUCCCUCCUCGGCAAGGUUCUUGAGGAAUACCUGAAGAGUUUCGGAGACUCGUGGAGGACAGCGGAAGACAAGGCCACCCAGCAUUGGCAAUAUCUCGACGACGCCUUGGCUAAAUACCAGGAUCCUGCAGAGGCCGACAAACUGAUGAAGAUCCAGAGAGACUUAGAUGAAACCAAGAUUAUUCUUCACAAGACCAUCGACAGCGUGCUGCAAAGGGGCGAACGACUGGAUAGCCUAGUAGAGAAGAGUUCUGAUCUAAGCGUCGCUUCACAGAUGUUCUACAAGCAGGCCAAGAAAACCAACUCCUGCUGCACAAUCCUGUAAUAACCAAGCGGUAGUGGCGUCGAGCUCGAUCACUAGUAUCGGAACCACACGUGUCUACAUCCAUUUUCUCUGCUAUGAUCCUGAGACGUAGUAACUGUCAUAAGCACCACGUCAGUGUCCAAACAGUGUAUUGAACAACUAGUUGUCAUGUGUGAUUCUCUGUAAAUAAUGCAUAAGUUUGGUCA